UGUUAUUUUAAAGUAUGUUAUUUGUUUGUUUUUGUUUUUUUAAGCCAGAUAAUGGACAGCGACAGGGCCACUUUGGAGCAUUUCCUGGCAGUCAAGUAUCCUGGUCUUACCGCAGAACGAAACAAAGGCGGUGCCAUCAUAAUCCGUGGCGUGGUGUGCAGCGAGGGAAACUGGCGUCGCCUGAAGCUCUACUUGCCCCAGCAUCCAGCAUUGGUGGGCUUUCAGUUGUAUGUGCAGGAGGAGUUGGAGUACAAGUGCUACACCGGCAGCAACCUGCAGGUGAAGACUGACUGGCUGCUGGAUGAUUUGUUGUCGCAUCUGCCGAAGCUGCUGCCAGCCAAGGAAUCGAUUUGCAGCUUAAAUGAUGCCAGCCCAACCAGCAAUAUAUACGCUGAUAUCCUGGCGCUGCACAAGCCCCAGGAGUACCGCCUGCAGAUGGACGCUGACUGCUCGCGGAUUCGUUUCAGUCAAUUUCCCGAUUUCGAACAGCACUACCUAGAGCUGGAGCUGCCCACGAUGCGUCUGCUGGAGCACAGUCUGCCCGACUGCGUGCCACUGGGCGACAUGUUGGCCAAGAGCGCACGAACGCUCAGCGACGCGUUGAAUCUCUUCCUCAAGCUGCUGGAGGAUCUGCGGCCGUUCUACGACAACUUUAUGGACAUUGAUGUGCUGUGCCAUGUGCUGCAGCCAUCGCCCAUUACCACCAAGGACAACGCACGCGUCUUCCCACUGAAAGAGCGCGUCUACCUUAAGGUGACCAUUGGAGAUCCCUUUGCCAGCAUUGCCUCCAUGGCGCUGAAGAUUAUUGGACCCACCGAAGAGGUGGCUCGACUGCGGCAGGUGCUCAGCGAUGGUCUCGGCAAUUGGGACUCGGAGCUGGACAUGCACAAGAAUCUGCUGCGCAUCUUUGAUCUCUGCUACUUUCCCAUGCCCGACUGGAACGAGGUACACAAGCCGGAGGAGCAGGAACAGGAGCAGCAUUGCAACAUUUGCUUUGUUUAUCGCUUGGACAGUGGCGCGGUGCCCAUUGUCUCGUGCGACAAUGCACGCUGUGUGCUCAAGUGUCAUGCGGCGUGCCUGGAGGAAUGGUUCAAGACGCAGCUGCAUGGGAAGACCUUCCUGGAUGUCUCCUUUGGGCUGUGUCCGUACUGCAAGGCGAAGCUGUCCACCUCAUUUGCUGCACUCUUGGAUGCAGCGUAAACCAACCAGUUGUUAGGAUGGAGCAGCGUUUUUUUUUUUAAUUUAAUCUUAAACAUCAAUUAAAU